UCCGAUUUAGUUUCUACUCGGCAUCAUCAAAGUUUCAAAGUCAAGUCACACAUUAUCCAGAAAAACGAUCAUCGUUUAUUAGAGAAAACAGCAUAGCAACAAAAUGCCGGCUCGCAACAAGGAACAAGAAGCUGAAGUUUUGGAAUGGAUCUCAGCAGUGUUGGGCGAGAAACUCCCUCCAGGAAACUACGAGGACAUUUUGAAAGACGGUGUGAUACUUUGCAAUUUAAUUAACAAACUGGCACCCGGAUCGGUCAAGAAAAUUCAAACUAAAGGCACCAAUUUUCAACUUAUGGAAAAUAUUCAAAGAUUCCAAGCAGCGAUCAAGAACUAUGGUGUUCCACAAGAAGAAAUUUUCCAAACCGCGGAUCUCUUUGAAAGACGUAACAUCCCUCAAGUCACUCUCUGUUUAUACGCGUUGGGCAGAAUCACUCAAAAGCACGACUGGAAUGGGCCAAGCUUAGGACCGAAAAUGGCGGAUGAGAAUAAGAGAACCUUCACCGAGGAACAGCUUCGUGCUAGUGAAGGUCAAGUAAAUCUUCAGAUGGGUUAUAACAAGGGUGCAACUCAAUCCGGCCAUGGUGGUUUCGGAAAUACUCGGCAUAUGUAAAUUUUGGCUUUAGAAGCUAAUUAACAUAUGUCUAUAUCAUACAGAUCUAUGAUGAUUAGUUUCGGCUAUCGAGUGCGGAAUAUAAUACAAUUAAAGCGUAAAAAUAAGUUGUAUUUUUUAAUCACGCUUAUAAUGUGAGCAUAAAAUUAUGCUUUUAAAAUAUUUUUCAAGUUUGUAAUCUUUAUCGUAAAUAAUAUUCACUUAUUUUUUAUUGUCAUGAUUAUUAUUGGCAUAAAUAAUAUCGAAUAAUUUAUAUAUUAGUACUUCUUUCUAUACGUGAUAUAAAUCGUCUUUUACAUACAUUGCCACAGAUACCUAUGCAUCUCUUUGUAGUAUUUCAUAACUCUAAUUAUUACUUUUUAAUCAACUUUAGAUAUCUUGAUAUUCAACAGUUAGCAUAUCAUUCUUCUUUCUAUACCAAGCAUCGCGCGAUAAUAACAGCGUUAUUAAUGCAAUUAAGCCAUUAUUAAUUUUCUAUCUAGUCGCGAAAGAAUAUAUUUUUUUAUAUGAAUUCAGUGUAGUUUGCAUGUAAAUGUAAGUAUGAGCUCUUCUUAUCAUCGAUAAGAAAAACGAUUAGAAAAAGGCUUUACAUCUUAUUAAUUACUUCUAAUUUACUUGAAUAUACAUACACACUGAUAAUCAAACACAGUGAUAUACUAUCAUUCACACAAACAACUUUUAUCACACAAUUAUACGAGAUUUUUAUAUUAAAUGCACAAUUUUGUUGCGCAUACGUAUGCGUAUUUAUAUCAAUUGAAUGCAUAUUUCGAAGCGCAAUAAAAUAAAAUGUUGCGUUAAUAUUACAUAAAAUAUACAUUACUACAUAUUUACACAUACACGUACUACACUAUUCAUAUAUCAAUGCACAUAUCGCAAAAAAUCUCCAACAAAUUUGGAAACCUAGAAUAUUUAAAAAUAGAAUUUUUUAGGUUUUACAAUAUGACAAUCAACAUUAACUUUAUGUAAUGUUCUAGGCAAUAGGUUAUUUCAAAUUAUAUUUAUAUCUAUGCCCAUGUUUGUAAAUUAAAAUUGCAAAUUUUGUAAAUUGAGAAAUUAAAUUAUUUAUCAAAAUG